CAGCAGCAGCAGCAGCAGCAGCAGCUGCAGUGGCAGGUCUACCGACCCGUGCAGCAGCAGCUAAGCCACCAGCAGGGUGCCCCUGGGGAGCACACAGAGAGGCCCCUGCAGCAGCAGCAGCAGCAGCAGCAGCGGCAACAGCAGCCGCAGCAGCAGCUGCAGCAGCAGCGGCGGCAGAAGCAGCAGCCGCCGCUCGCGCACCAGCAGCGGCAACGGCAGCCGCAGCAGCGGCUGGAGCCGCCUCCACAGCAGCAGCAGCAGCAGCAGCGCCACAAGCAGCAGCAGCAGCAGCAGCAGCAGCAGCAGCAGCAGCAGCAGCAGGUAGUAAGCGCGUGCCCGCGCAGCCCUUGCUGGGCCCCACACUUCGUUGCUGCUGCCGAGGCAGCAAAGCUGCGGAAAGGAGACAGCGGGGAGGCGGCCAGUGCCGGCGCUGCUGCUGCAGCGUGUGCUGCUGCUGCAGCAAAGGCCCCGCCGCACCCCAGCAGCAGCAGCAGCAGCAGCAGCAGCAGCAGCAGCAGGGAGGGGAACCCCUUCGCUGACUGCGCUUUUAUGCGGAUCCCCGAUCCCUCAGCAAUCCCCUUGCCUUUGUCUCUUUUGUCUUGA